AUGAAUGGUGUACUAACAGAAGACAGCUGGAGCAACACAAGCAGCCCUAAUAUUGCUGCUGCCCAUUCACCACCCGCCGGUUCGUCUCCUACGAGUCGUCGAAGCAAUGCCAUUCAACCUCCGGCAUUGACCACGAGCCUGGGCAGCGCGCCGUAUCAGAGUCUCAGUGCUGGUGCUAGGAUUGGGUAUACCCCGUCUCCAGCGACUUCUCUCUCGAGUCCAUUCUCGCAAGGUCAAUCGCCCUACCUACCUUCCCCAGCUAGCGCCCUUCCAGGAGCUUCUCCGAUGGCUUCGAGAAUACCGUCUUCAUCGUAUAGUGCGCCUUAUAACCCUCAAGAAUGGGCCCCUCUGAGUGGAGGUGGUUCACCUCAGAUAGCGCAUAUGGCGCACCCUCAGCGGAGUAAUGUAGUUCGAGUUGUGCAGCCUCCGCCGCGCUCUUCAGACACUCAACUGUCCCCUCCUCCACCUUAUACGCCUCGUCACCAAGCAACAUCACCAUCUGAACCUCCGUCUCUGGCGGCUGUAUCUCCACGACCGGGGCGAUCUAACGAUAUCACAGGGCAGCCUCAAGAUGGCCAUUCGUUGGGAUAUCGCAACCAAAGUUCCCACUCUCGACCAGUGUCGAUGAUUUCCUUGAACGAUGGUAGCACAAACUGGCAGUCCGCAUAUCUUAAUCACCCUCCACCACCUCCUCCAGGGGGAUCUAGAUCGUCAUCCAGGGCAAACAUAGACCAUCAUCAAGGUGGUGGUUUCGAUUCGGGGCUUGGUAUAUCGCGACCUGGGUCAACUGCGUCACAAUACCCUGUCGCUUCUCAGCAGCAGUCUCCAUACGGCUACGCUGAGAAUCACCAACGAUACGAUAUACCUCAACAGGCUCCUUCAUCUAAAAGAGCGGCCUCUACUGGCGCAUUGCAAAGCAACAGUUCAUCACGAGCGUCGAGUACAUCCCAUAGUCGGUCUCCGCCGAGAACAAGCUGGGAACCGGGAAUGCCAUUGCCCCCUCCUCCUCCUGGGCCGCCCCCGUUGAGAUCUCAAAGUGCUAGCGGCUCUUCAGAUGCAUCAUCUAGGCGUGUUAUUCAACCUUCCCGUCAGCGCGGUCCUCCAGUCCUAGGCACGGCUCUUGACCGAGUUCCACCAACACCCGCCGAUUGGGUUGAUGAAGCGAUUCCGAAGAGGAAAUUGAAUGACAAUCAAUCGUUGCACGUGAACACCGAGAUAUCUUCUCCAUCGCUCAGGCAAAAUAUAGAUUCUGGUGAAUCUUCUUCUUCGCACAGGCCUGGAAGUGGAGGCCUGUUUCGUAGUCUUGCCGUGAGGGAUAGUAGCGCGAAAGGAAUUCGCGAGCGUCGCAUAGAGAGCAGACACAAAAGGCACAACUUUUCCGAGGAUUUGACGUCUAUUUCUAACAACAACAUCUACAAGGCUUGGGAAGAUGGCUCGGACCAAGUAACACCAUCAAACCUCGUUCUUGCUGGUGUCGAAAAGUCCGAUGCUGCGGCAAGCAAUCGUCGCCAAGGGGCUUCAAAGCCUCUUUCCAGUGCUCGGAGUGCACAAUCCGACGAUUUCCCGUCUAGUAGUCGAUCUAGGACUUCUUCUGGGCUAUUUUCUGAUCGUUCUUCGUUUUCUACGCCCAAGCCAGAUUCGAUAUUUUCCCGUCAGGAAAUUACUCCCACCCCUCCUUUUUCACCGGAUUUUGAGUCACCAUUUCCCAAAGAGCAGCAUGACGCAUCAUCUAAGACUUUACCGACGCCUCCCUUGAGCUCUUCUAAAGAAGCAAAGCCACCUUCACGCCUAGGUGUAAAGAUAGAGGACAGGCCAAUCUCUCAUAUACUCCACCUACCAAAUGAUAUAGUCUCUGUUCCCGCCCCUCUUCUGCCACGACGUAAUUCAACGCACCAAACCCCAUCUCUCGACUCAAUUAUUCACCAACGUAUCGAUCCAUUAGAUGGAGCUUCUCAAAGAUACCAGGCUAUGCUCGAGAAAGAAUUAUCAGCAACAAAUGAAGCAGAGGCAUUGAAAGUAUUCACCGACUUCAUCCUCUCCGAAUCCCGCAUUCGACGCCAAAUAUAUUCGCAGACUUUUAGCGACGGCAACGUGGAUAUCGAAAUUGAGGAAGUACGGCGCAAAUUGUUUGUGCCGGAACCUCCACAAGCGAAGCCAACUGGGAUGAAGUUGGAUACUUCCUUCAAACAGACUUCACCCUCUAGAGCAGAAAGCAGUGGCUCUGUAGGUGUAUCCUCCAGACCUGAAUCAGCAUGGUGGAGCAACUACCAACCUUGCCUUUCUCCUAUUGCUAGCAUAAGCAUUGAGAAUGAUGAAAUGAGCUCUAGGGGUCGACCACCUAGCCGCUGGUGGGAGUCCAAGACUGGAUCUAGCAGUGAAGGGGCUGAGCGCCGAGCCCAAAGGUCUAAAAGGGAAUCAAAAUAUAUGGGAGUUCCGCGUGAAUUGCGUGAAGCCAUGCAGAUGGGAUACAACGAGACACUGCGCGAAUCGGAGGAAGAACAACAAUCCGGAGGAAAUCAAAAACCCCUGCAAAUGGCCUACGGACCGGAUGAGUACCCUCCUGAAAAGGUCGGGUGGCAUGAGCCUGAUUCUCAACCCUCAACCCAGUCUCAGCCCUUCACACCACGAGGCCUGAAUAAAAUGGAUAUUUCACGUUUGGUUACUCUUCCACCACCAUAUCCAAGGCAUCAUCCUGCUGUCAACAACAGCCACCCCGACUUGGUCGUCUAUCGGACCACUGUUCGUUCUAUCAGCGAUCUUUCCGAAAUCAAGGCAACUAGGCAGCGCCACAAGGCUCAAACAGAAAAGCUACGGCAGGAGCAUGACGAGAAAAUACAAGAGAAUCGACGGCAAUUUAGAGCGAACAUUCAACAGCAGAUACAGCAAGGUGGCAUCUCGUAUGCCGAGGCUGCGGAAGCGGAAGCCGCUCUAGAAGUUGACGAGAAACGCAUGGAGAAAGAUUUGUUGCAAAAUCAAUUUGAUACUUAUCAAGGCACGGUGAUGACGCCAAUGCAUGCCAUCCUUAGUGACCGCGUGAAGAAAGCCACUGAAUGUAUUGUCGAACUGGGUGGAAAACUCAGUGCAGCCACGCAGCAUGAAAAUCCAAAUCAAACUCAAGAAGAAGGCGACGAAAAGCCUGAACUACUAGAGCAGCUCACUCAAUUGAAGUGGCUCUUCGAAGCUCGAGAGCAUCUUUAUCACGAAAUUUACGAAUUGCAUGGCGAAAGCAAUGAAAACUAUCGCGCUGUCGUCACGUUGCCGUACAAGCAAAGCAAGAAUGAAGAGAAAACGCGAGAGACAGACGCGUUCUUUGUGAAGGACGCUUUCGAUCGGCGCGUCCAGUACGAAACAGAGGCUCUGUCUAGACUUGAAUCUUUUAUGGACGUUAUUGAAGAAAACGUCAAGCGCGGUGUUGAGACACAUUUAUCUGCUUUCUGGGACAUCGCCCCGUCUCUGAUGACAUUAGUGCAGCAAGUGCCUGAGGUUCUUUCGGAGUUCCAAGUUCAAAUCCCUGCACCUGAGUACGACGAAAACCCCAGCUAUUACCAGUUUCCCAUGCAGUAUCUCUAUUCUCUGCUCUCACAUGCAGAGAAAUCGACCUAUCAAUUCAUCGAGUCUCAGAUCAAUCUACUUUGCCUGCUCCAUGAGGUGAAAUCAGGGUUAAUGAGGACGAAUUGCAAAUUAAUGGAGGCACAGCGUGUUCGUCGCGGAGAGCCCGAGGAGUUUAUUGGACGUGAGAUACAGAAACUGCAGGCGCGCGAAGAGCGUGAAUUGACCGUAGAUCUGAAAGAGAGGGUCUCCACGGUUGAAGGCCAGUGGACGGAGGCCCUUGGAAGCCAGAUACAAGCUCUUCGAGAGCGCGUGAAGGACCAUCUUCUGGCCACUGGCGGGUGGGAAGAUAUAGAGCAGCUGGAGUAG